GCUGGGGAAGCUUGCUUAGGACUCAGCAGCUGCGUCAGGCUUGAUACUCGGUUGCCAUGGCGACUGAAUAUCAACAGUAGUGCUGCUUCUGUCCGGUGUGCCACCUCUAAACAUGUCUGCCAUGAACAGGAAACCGAUAAAAACACUGGCUGAAACACUCUCAAAACAAGUGGAGCACUUCAAUAAAACAGAGGUGGAGUGCCUUAUCCGAGAGUUCAACCUACUCCUGGGGGAGCAGACUAUCCCUGGAAGAGUGGUUACCGGCCUGGACAGAGGGAAGUUCAGGAGCAUACUGCACAACGUCUUUGGGAUGACUGACGACAUGAUCAUGGACGGAGUGUUCAGGACAUUUGACAAAGACAACGACAGCUUUGUCAGUGUGAAAGAAUGGAUCGAGGGACUGUCUGUUUUCCUUCGGGGGACCUUGGAUGAAAAAAUGAAAUACUGUUUUAAUGUAUACGACUUGAAUGGCGAUAACUAUAUCUCCAGAGAGGAGAUGUUUCACAUGCUGAAGAACAGCCUCAUCAGACAGCCCACAGAGGAGGACCCUGAUGAAGGAAUCAAAGACUUGGUGGAGAUCACACUCAAGAAGAUGGACCAUGACCAUGAUGGCAGAAUAUCUUUCACUGACUUUGAAAAGGCCGUGAGAGAAGAAAAUCUAUUACUUGAGGCUUUUGGAACCUGCCUCCCCGACACUACGAGAAUUGAGGCAUUUGAGCAGCAUGUAUUUCAGGAACAACCGGAGCAAUGAGGAAAUCAGAUUCAUGUGCAUUUCCAGAAUUCAGUCUUUAUAAAAAUACAAUUGUGCUGCAAUAUGUGUAAAUAAAAACAAGCUGCCAAAAGAAAAUGGGAAACUUGUCAUUUUCCAAAGUU